CCGGCAGGCACUGCGCUGCUGGGGGGCGCGGGCGAGGAUGGCGGCGGAGAACGAGGCCAGCCAGGAGAGCGCCCUGGGCGCCUACUCGCCCGUGGACUACAUGAGCAUCACCAGCUUCCCGCGGCUGCCCGAAGACGAGCCAGCGCCCGCUGCCCCACUGAGGGGCCGCAAGGACGAAGACGCCUUUCUGGGAGACCCCGAGACCGACCCGGACUCCUUCCUAAAGUCUGCGAGACUGCAGCGACUGCCCUCGUCGUCAUCAGAGAUGGGUAGCCCCGACGGGUCGCCACUGAGGGAGACACGCAAGGACCCGUUCUCAGCAGCAGCGGCCGAGUGCUCCUGUCGCCAGGAUGGGCUCACGGUCAUCGUCACAGCCUGCCUCACCUUCGCCACGGGCGUCACUGUGGCGCUCAUCAUGCAGAUCUACUUCGGGGACCCUCAGAUCUUCCAACAGGGUGCAGUGGUGACCGAUGCUGCCCGCUGCACAUCACUUGGCAUCGAGGUGCUCAGUAAGCAGGGAUCUUCUGUGGAUGCGGCUGUGGCAGCUGCCUUGUGUUUGGGGAUCGUGGCCCCACACAGCUCUGGCCUGGGAGGAGGGGGUGUGAUGCUGGUACAUGACAUCCGGAGAAACAAGAGCCGAUUGAUUGACUUCCGGGAGUCUGCACCAGGGGCUCUCAGGGAAGAGGCCCUGCAGAGAUUCUGGGAGACCAAGCCUGGGCUCUUGGUGGGGGUCCCCGGAAUGGUCAAGGGGCUAUACGAAGCUCACCAGCUGUAUGGCAGGUUGCCAUGGUCCCAAGUCCUGGCUUUCGCAGCAGCUGUAGCCCAAGAUGGCUUCAACGUGACCCAUGACCUAGCCCGCGCCCUGGCGGAGCAGCCACCUCCCAACGUGUCCGAUCGUUUCCGCGAGACGUUCCUGCCGUCGGGCCGCCCGCCGCUACCUGACUCGCUGCUGCGUCGCCCGGACCUGGCGGCUCUGCUGAGCGCGCUGGGCGCCGCGGGUCCCUCCUACUUCUACGCCGGCAACAACCUCACGCUGGAAAUGGUGGCGGAGGCUCAGCAUGCAGGGGGCGUCAUAACAGAGGAGGACUUCAGCAACUACAGCGCUCUUGUGGAGAAACCUGUGUGUGGCAUGUAUAAAGGCCACCUGGUUCUCAGUCCCCCACCACCACACACAGGCCCAGCUCUCAUCAGUGCUCUCAAUAUUCUGGAAGGCUUCAACCUCACCAACCUGGUCAUCCGGGAACAGGCUCUUCACUGGGUGGCAGAGACCCUGAAGAUUGCAUUAGCCCUGGCCAGCAGACUGGGAGAUCCGGCCUACGAUUCUACCAUCUCUGAGAGUAUGGAUGACAUGCUCAGCAAAAUAGAGGCGGCCUACCUCCGGGGCCACAUCAAUGAUUCCCAGGCAGCUCCUGCUCCGCUCAUGCCUGUCUAUGAAUUGGACGGGGCUACGACGGCAGCCCAGGUGUUGAUCAUGGGCCCAGAUGACUUCAUUGUGGCCAUGGUCAGCUCCCUGAACCGGCCCUUUGGCAGUGGCCUCAUCACUCCCUCGGGGAUCCUACUCAACAGUCAGAUGCUGGACUUCUCCUGGCCCAACAGGACCGCUAACCACUCGGCACCUAGCCUGGAGAAUUCCGUGCAACCAGGGAAGCGGCCACUCUCAUUCCUGCUACCCACUGUGGUCCGACCAGCAGAAGGGCUCUGUGGGACCUACCUCGCCCUGGGGGCCAACGGUGCUGCUCGGGGCCUCAGUGGCCUGACCCAGGUUCUGCUGAAUGUCCUGACCUUGAACCGGAAUCUGAGUGACAGCCUGGCCCGUGGCCGCCUGCACCCGGACCUGCAGUCCAACCUCCUGCAGGUGGACAGUGACUUCACAGAGGAAGAGAUUGAGUUCCUGGAAACCAGGGGCCACCACGUGGAGAAGGUAGAUGUCUUAUCGUGGGUCCAUGGCAGCCGGAGAACCAACAACUUUAUCAUCGGUGUAAAGGACCCUCGGAGCCCAGAUGCAGCAGGAGCUACCAUGGUGUAGAGCAGUGGGGUGGGGCAGGGUCUCUGCUCCUCCCCCUUUGCAUGUUCCCAGAGUCCCUCUUCCUCCCAGGUUGGUCUCAGGGGGACCCCAAGGAUGCCCCAGGUCUGGAGCCAAAGGGGAUGCUUAGCAAACCCUAUCCCAGGAUAACUGGAACAAUCUCCUAUGCCUGUGGUGAUGGUGGUGGAUGUCAGUGUCCACAACCAGAAAACCAGGACCUUGAGGAGUCAGACUAUCUGUCUGUUUUCUCUCCUCCCUCAGCCAUGCUGGCCCUGAGCUUAGGGAUGUGCUUGCAAACCCUUCUUGAGGGUUCUCACAAACAACCCCAACAUUUUCAGUCUGGCCUGACCUGGGCCUUGUCUUCCAGCUCCUUUCCCCUGCCCCCAGCCUCAUUUCUUAAAUGACUAGAUUUUUUUUAAUGGACCAUCCUGGGGGUGGGGGUGCUCCUCUCCUCCUCCCACCAGGUUGAAGCAGGGGACCUUGCAUCUGGAGGUCUCCGGGGUGUGGGGUAGGGGUAAGGGUGGGAACCAGCUCAGGGGCUUCCAUUUGCAAAGGAGAAUUAAAGAAAGAAUAUUGCUUA